AUGAGACUCACAAUUUCCGUGCUUUAUUCAGUCGUAUUAAUUAAUAUUAAUAUGAUUUUUGCUCAGCAGCAAAGUGUCAUGCUGAAUGGAGCAAAAGUUGUUGAAUGUGCUCAAAAACUAAAUUUAGGAACUGAUAUGGAAAAGCUAAAACAAGUGUUUUCAGAUCCGAAUCAUCCGAAUGAAAUUUGUGCUCGAUUGUGCAUUUAUCAAGGGAUGGAGCUAGUGGAUGAUAAUUUUGAAAUUGUUAAACAAAAAUUCGCAAUGCUUUUAAAGCAAUCUGGACAUACAGUUGAUGAGCCGAUAUUCCAAGACUGUCUAGCUUCAACAGAAGCAUUAAAAAACAAAAUUUGCGAAUAUGCGACUAGUCGUGUCCAUUGUUUCAUCACCAAGCCACAAAUUAAAUUUUAA